GCUUCAUCCGUGUCUCAUGCGACAGACAGGUGUCUGUACGAAGUAGUGGUCCCUGGAAAAAAGAAAGAAAGUCGUCCAGGGAUGUCCAAACUGCCCUUUUUCAUGUUUUGGGAGCCUUCGUCAUCCAGCACCUCAUAUCCAAGGGAGUGCCAGUUAGUUUUAUUCCCCGGGCUUGCUAGUACCACCUGGCGGAGUGAACCGCCCAAGACAAGACGUCCGUCCGUUGACUGACUGCGCCUUCGGUGGGCUGGAACACACUGCAAUCUGUGACCCAACAACUCGCAAAUCCCAGCUUGGGUCUUAUCGAGACUUGCACAUCACCACAACAACACAGCGAGCAACAACAGCAACACUCCAAUCCAGCACCAACGUUCUUCCGUCUGCGCUCUCCGUCUGAGGCUUACGCACAUCAUUAACUUUGCGAUCUGGCAAGGGCCAAGUCGGCCAAUCCAGCGCCCAAGUGUACAGGAACUUAACCCCGCGCCCGUCCGUCCACGCGACCAGUAUAAGCCAGACCCGACUCCAGUCGGUGCCCUACCUACCCACUGCAGCAGGCAGUGCGCGCUGCAGAUAAAACAACAAGAACAAAGUUUCGUAAAAUCAAGCUCGGCCAUCGAUCCGGGCCCGCUGGUCCAAGUCGCAGUGAACGAGUUGUCCGUCUGCGCUAUAGCAGCUCUCGAGUCUGCGCCAUCCGCCAUCCACCACUCACAACAGACCUACCGUCCAGGUCUGUCCUGUCCUGUCCGUUUCCGUUCGAUUUGACCCCGAACGACAGACACCACAUCCACCCACCACCGCCCGGUUUUCUCGACGAGUAGAUAGUUUCCCGUGGUCGGCCUUGCAUCCCUCUUCGACUUCGUGUGGUUCCAAGUCGAUUCGUCGCCAGCCUAGUCGGAGACCAGAGCCUCGUGUACUGCUGUGCCAUGGUUGUCGCAUCAUCAUCCAACGACAACUGAGAAGUGUUACCGAUAGCCCACGACUGAUCCCGCGGGCGAAUACGACAUCGAGGAGAAUGGAAUUUCCCACGAGUCCCAUGCUCAUCGACGACGGUCGCGAUGUCGACUCUCUCAGCAUCGACACGCGCCUGCCCAGGGCUGAAAGGGCACAAUCAAUCAUUCACCAAGCCGAGGACGAGGAGGAAGACGAGAACAAGGCAACGGUUGAGCUGGCUUCCAUCAUGACAACCACCUCGAAUCCGGUAUCACCCGGCCCAUCAAGCCCGCCGCUGGAUCAGGUACGAAUGCAAGACUUCAUCCCUCCAACACGCCCAAGUAGCACGCCGUUCCCACAACCCGAGCCACGAAGUACAGAUUUGCGCUGCCUGAGGUGCCCUUCAGAAGCCUCGAUGGAUCCCGACGAACCCAGCGUUUCUGACAUCCCAUCGGUGCAAACCGACAACGAGAACGCCGGGCUCAACCUCUCAGAUCUUCCUGCCGAGAUCCACGAAUGCAUCUUGGAUCAUCUAUUUGGUUACCGGGUAUCUACAUCAUCCAAGAGCUCAAUCACGCGGUGGGGGACUGCUUUGCGGCAUCCAAGAAGGAAGGAGCUUUCUGAGCUAUCACGAGUGAGCCGGACUUGGAAGGUGUUGAUCCAAGACAGGCUCUAUCGGCAUAUCAAGCUCAAGGCGACCAUCGAUUCUUUGAGAGGAUCGUUCGAGUACUUUGCUGCUCAUCCACAUUUACGAUCAUAUAUCAAGCAUGUGGAGAUCUGGUUUCCGGUAUUCCGGCCAAAAUAUGGACCUUUGGCUCUGGGGACGGCAAACACCCUUCCCACAGUUACGCCGGAUGGCUUGACGACGGCGUCUUAUGUCUUACCCAUGGACAACUGCUCUCUGGAAGAAGCCUUUUAUUUCGUCGCCAACACCUUCCCAGAUGUGUGCAUCAUGACGCUCGAAGGUGGUGAACGGCGCAAAGCACCGAAAGUGAGGCAUUGGAUCGGGGAGGAUCAGUCUUGCCCACGCACGAUGCCCAGGGUGAACUCGGUCCACACCCUUAUUUGCAAGGGACAAUGGAACUUGAUCCGGGGGCAGGACGACUUUGAGACCAUCACGUCCGCCCUGCCUAAUCUGAAGGAGUGGCAGGGCUCCUACAGCAAACCGAAAUCCAAGAGCUACCUCACCAUGGCCGACAUCUUCUCCAUGCCCAUGAAAUUAGAAAAGCUGGUUCUCUGUCUGGAGGGUGACUAUCGGCGAGAAAUGUCUUUCCCAUCGUACUUUCUCAAGGUGUCGAGCAAGGUGCACUUUUGCUCCAAGCUGGCCGACGCGGCCGCUUCUCCCUACCUGGAGCAAAUAUCGUACACGGGGAGAGUUUGCCAGCAGUUCUUCAACGAUCUUGUCCUCAAGUGUCACGACACGAGGCUAUCACGCCUAAAGCGGAUCGAUCUAACUGUCAAGAACUGCUGUCGGAAGGUGGCCCACUGGAACGAAUCGGGGUCGGGAAUCACAGACAUGAACUUCAUCAAGGCCUUUGAGCAGCUGGUGCUUGCUGGUAUUCGAGCACUGGGGAAGUUACAGUCGAUUGAGUACCUCCGGAUUCGCUACGUGGACCUAGAUUCCCCUGUCCCACCUUUGAAUCCUUACUUUUUGCUCGACAAAGGGUGGUGUUCGGGCGUGUGGAGCGAUGAGAUCGUCGCCGAGCUCAAUAUCUCAAGGCCGUCGGUUCAGUUUGAGGAACUGUCCGAGUCGUUUGGAGAGGUGGGGUACAACAAGGACGGCCGGAUGACCAUCAGUCCGGAUUUCCCUCGCUCCAAGAGUCUGUCUUUGAAGCUGGGAAACUACGCGAUGCUGAGUGUUGGGAUCGCGAUGCCGUAGGAGUAACUCGGGGGAGGAUGCGGGUCCCAAGGGAUGGUCGAGGUGCUGAUUGGUGGUCAAGAGGCCUCGUGAGGUCUUGAAACAUGAACGUGGACGUGUUUGUCGAGAUCGGACCGGUCUCUUGCAUUUCUCGAGGCCUAUUUAUUGUCCUUGCACACCUAUAGACCAUUGCUCGACAUCUAAGCGAGUAUCUCGCAGGGCCUCUUUGAUGUUUGCUAAGGCCUGAGCACUAUUUUUGCAGGUCUGUCUCUGUUGUACGUAGGAGUAGCCUAGCACUCACCUUCUAUGGUUACCGGUGUGGCGGCAGCGUUUUUGUUUUUUUCUCUUAUCAUUUUGUGGGUCCUGGUGUACAACAUUGGGAAAUGCUCAAGCAUAGAAGGGAGGUUUUACCGCUGAAAAUUGUGAGGGGGGGCGUUAUAAUGGUGUUUUCAUUUUUGUUUCUUUUGUUUUGCUUUGUCCUCUUUUACGUCGAUGUUCCGAGGAGGGACAGGGUCAUUAUCAUUCUUCCCUAUCAUCGUUACAUGAAGGAUUUUGCCCGUUGCUCAUCAAAACACUAAGGGAGGAUGGAAUGGGUUUUCUGGCUUUGUUUUGUUUGUAUUCCCAGGCUUGGACUCCUGCCUGUGGGGAGUGGGGGUCAAGGGGUGCUGGCUGGUUGGCUGGCUUGGUUUUUUUUAUUGAGAAGGAACUCUGGGGCUGAAGGAUUGCCUAUGGUAUGGAUGGUGAGCUUGGACACAGAAACCGUUGUCUAAUUAUGUAGUGGUGGUGGCGGCGGUGGUUGGUGUCGUAGGUCAUUCGCGUUCGCUGGGCAGAGGGGGGUGAGGGAAGGGAUGAAAGGGGGAACUUAGAACUUGCGUUAGUACCGACUUGUGGGCUGUUUGGGAAAAUGUUUGCCAGUGAAGCGGGGAUGAGCGAAAUAGAGAGCUGAUAUGUCUGAUACCAUGAAGUUUAUGUUGGUGUUCUUUUUAGGGUAGAAUACCGUGGGUGUCGUGUGUCGGAAAUGGAGAAAUGGAGGCUGUGAUAUUAAGGGGUAAGAAAGUAGUAGGCAUGCCUCUUGUCUGUAUUGCACACACCUCUAAGCCCGUUCGAGACGCUUCUGGACUAUGUUAGAUGCAUCGUGAAGAUCAAUGAAGACGGACAUGUCAACCAUUCCUUGCGACCUAG